AUGAACCGCAUCGCCCGACUUAUUGCCAUUCUCACAGAUACGAUGUUCCGUCACUACCGAGAGCAAUGCGUCACCACCACCCUACAUACGUAUUCAAACACUCAAUCCAGUUUAUCAGCAUCCAAUUCGACGACGGCUCGGCGUACGCGCAUACUUUCAAUAUCCGAGCACAAACAUAGAGUCUCCCUGGCUUUUCAAUAUAGUGCAUAUGCAAGCCCCUACACACCUAACCUGCCCAAUGCCGCAGCACAUAACGAGUUGGACCCACACAACCUACACGAUGAUAUCCCCGAUGGUAUUCUUCAAGGGAGAUGAGCAUGCCAUGCUUUGUUCAAGGGAUAACCAAAUAUUCCCUCAUCGUUACGAUCCGCCUACCCACCUACCCGGAUCCUCUGUAAUGGCUUUGUGUAAGGUAGACUUUGGCCGCACUAAAAAGGGGAACCUUGUAUACUAUUCUACCUUUCCCUCCUACAUGGGAUCAUCGGUCAUCUCCGAGGAUUCGUCCAGCUUGUU